CCUAGCCAACAGCUUGUGCAUAUCCCGCCAAUUUAUUAGAAACACUGUAGGCUUAGGUCUCCAUGCAGGCUAAGAGGACAACGAGGGAUUUGUUAAGAGGGAGGAAUGGAACGGUUUAUACAGGAAUUGUUAAUUGGUAUACUAGAUGAAGGGCGAGGACUUCAGAAGAUUUCCUGAUAUAGUUAUUAAAAAUUGUAACCAAGCCAAGAAUUCUCAAGACAUCUUUGCAGGCUCCUAACAUCCUGGUUAAGAUCUGAUAUUACUAAUUAUUAAGCAAGAGGCGUGGUUUGGAGUACAACUUUUAAGCCCGAUAAAUCCCUAAGAAGUCUAAUUCAUUUCGAGGAUACAGCCCUUGACCGUACUUGUUGGUAUAAGAAAGAUCUGAGAAAUUUGAAAAAUCUUAUACCUAGAAGACCUUCUG